GAGAAAUAUCAGUCAGUUGUUGACUUGAAAUAAGCAGAGUAAAGAUGGAUUCUCGUGUAAAUGUUGAAUAUUUCCAAUGAAUCGUUUAAACCUUGUCACUCGUCUUAUCAUUUUUCUUAUCUUAAUCGAAUUCGCAGUAACUCACCCGGAUCAUAGUUUAGCAAGAACAACUAGCCUAUUAUAAUAUUAAAAUAAAGGAGUCGGUCGUUGAACUGUGUACUGAUAAAUUGGAAAUAUAACGAGUGAAGAAGCUGCAAGCAUGAUUGUACAGGAGCCAGUUCAGGCUGCCAUAUGGCAUUGUCUCAAUCAUUACGCGUACAAUGACGCUAUUUUUCUAUCAGAAAGACUUUUUGCUGAAGUGGACAACGAGGACACACUAUUUCUACUAGCCACAUGUUACUACCGCGCUGGGAGGGUAAGACAAGCGUACGGCUUGCUGACAAAAAAAUCACCGAGCACACCGCAGUGUCGUUUUCUUCUCGCAAAAUGCUGCUACGAUUUAGAGAAAUGGGCGGAAGCCGAGGCGGCUAUUGUCGGGGGUUACUACAAGCAAGUUAAAAAUUUAGACGACAUAGUUUUACAAUUCGGCGACCAAGCGUGCUUUUCACUCCAAAUAAUAGCUAAAGUAUACUACAAAUUGACAAGAACUUCAAAAGCCAACGAAGCGCAUAAAUUAGCAUUAAAGUUGAACCCAUUUUUGUGGCACUCGUUCGAGGAGCUCUGUAAUGUCGGCGAAAAGGUUGACCCCAACAAAGUAUUUCAGUUGGAAAAAAUAGACACCUUCGCCAUGUGUCACGGCACUAACCAGCUUAACUAUAUUUCCGAGCCUGAUGUCAUUCUUCCCAACACGCCCACGCCAAACAUCAAUAUAACUCCAACGCAGGCUGUGAUUGUCAAUGGAAAUAAUCAGGGUGCGAGAUUGCACCCCUCAAUAGAAGAAAGUCCCCAACCACAGGCUAUUUUUUACACAAACCUUUCGACGAUAUCACCCCGCAGCAAACCUCAGCGAUAUCGUAGUAUGUUUAGUAAUUCGAUGAGUCCUCUCACUCCGAGUUUUGGAAUUCUUCCGCUGGACAAUAAUACGCCAGAACCAACAGUACUACCUUCGUUAGUUACCUUAACUGAGUCUAAUGAUCAGAAAAGUUUAGCUAAACGUGUCAGUAGUCUUCGUGCCCAUGUAGGUCAAUUUAUGUCAAGAAAAGAGACUCCACUGCAGCAAGGCAAGCCUGUAUUUUCCCAGUCAGGAAACACGAGCAACACGGCGAACAUCGUAACAGUAACACCAACAACCCCAACACCAGCAACGCCAACUCUCCAGGGUCCAAACGUGCGACGCUCUUCUAGACUGUUUAGUCACAGUUACUCCGUGAAAGAGAACAACAAAUCUCCAAACAGGAACAAGUUCACGACACCAAAGUCCCCGUCUCGGAAGACUAAAGCUCGUCUGUCGAAGACUAACCUUAACAAAGCGACAUUCAACGAGCUGAACGAGCGCAACAGAAGCGAUAAGGAGAAAAGUGAGACAAUAACUUCUGAAAAAAUGGUCGCUACGACAAAUGCGUUGAAUCAAAAUAGUAAUACCAAUAACAACAAUAAUAACAGUAGUAAUAAUAACAGUAAUAAUAAUAACAGCAACAGCAAUUGUGCUACUCAGCAGCAGUGCGCGGUUUUGGUUCAAAAACAGUGUGCAGAAGGUCUGAUGUCGCUGUUGAGAGAACUGGGGCUGGCUUAUCAGCACUUGAGUCAGUUCAACUGCUCCCAAGCCGUGGAAAUUUUAAGCGUGCUCCCAAAGCAUCAUUACAAUACUGGCUGGGUCUUGUCAAUGCUGGCUCGAGCUCACUUCGAGAUGAAUGAUUACAAAAAAGCCGCGAAUUACUUCGCGGAAGUCAGACAGUUGGAGCCACAGAGGAUGGACCUGAUGGAGAUCUACAGCACUGUCUUGUGGCACUUGCACUCCGAAGUCCAGCUAUCCACUUUAGCCCAGGAGCUGGUCGCUGAAGAUCGCAGCUCUCCUGCGGCCUGGUGCGCGACUGGUAAUCUUUUUUCUGCACAGACCGAGCACGAAACCGCGAUAAAGUUCUUCCAGCGCGCGAUCCAGGUCGAUCCUAAUUUCCCCUACGCCUACACGCUGCUAGGACACGAAUAUGUGUUGACUGAGGAACUGGAGAAGGCUGUUCAUGCGUUUAGGAACGCGAUCAGGCUGGAUCCCAGGCACUACAAUGCUUGGUUUGGAUUGGGAACUAUCUAUUCUAAGCAGGAACAGUAUAGCUUGGCUGAAGUUCACUUCAAAAGGGCGCUGCAGAUCAAUCCGUAUCACUCGGCUAUCAUGUGCCACAUUGGAGUCGUUCAACAUGCAUUGAAGAAGACCGAUCUUGCACUCAGGACUCUCAAUGUUGCGAUUACUAACGCUCCGGAUAAUACUUUGUGCAAGUUUCAUAGAGCUAGUAUUAAUUUCUCCAUUGGACGGUAUAAUGAGGCGCUUAGAGAGUUUGAAGAACUUAAAAAUAUCGCACCCAAAGAAUCUCUAGUCUAUUAUUCGAUAGGAAAGGUUCAUAAAAAACUUGGCAAUACUCAUUUGGCGCUGAUGUACUUCAGUUGGGCUACGGAUUUAGACCCCAAAGGCGUUAACAGUCAAAUUAAAGAAGCUAUUUUAAGUCCUGGACAAGGUGAUGAAGAAACGCCAGUUGCUAAUUCUGGAAACGAGCAACAGGGUCAAAAUAUAACCCAACAUGAAACAGAAGGAGGUGGUGAACUAACGGCCGAGGUCAGCGGUCUGGCAAGUACAAUAAGCGUAGUAACAAAUCAAGAUGACAGCGAUGACAGCUUAUGAAGGCUCCGAGCAAGCCACGUGAGUUUGCUUGCGUACCGAUUAAACUCCAGUAUCCGUCGUCGUCGACUAGCUCGUUACCGUCUGAGACGCCUCCAACGACCUCGCCACCGCCUUAGUCGUAAUCGUAAUCGUCAUCGUUAUCGUCGCAUCUACUGACGUAAAAAAAAUAAAAAUACACAAAAAGCAAAAAUAAAAAACCAUCAAAUAAUUAUUUAAUUUAAAAUAAAAAGAGCUAGAAAGUCGUGAGGAAUCAAAGGGGCCCACGAUAAGAGUCCCAUAAAAUAUUUUAGUUUUUAUUUCACUAAUAAAGACAUUUAAAAAAAUGAUCAUUAAUAAACGCGUGUUAAAGGUCGCAGUAAAUUUAUUAUUACUAUUAAUAUCAUUAUUUAUUAUUUAAUUAAUUAAUUAUACUAAGUAUAACACACUGUCAUCGUGAUUUAAUAUAAUGUGUAAGACCAAGAGGGCAAAAAAAAAUUUAAUUAC